CGUCUGCCGGCUUUACGUGUCUACAGACCGCAAAACACAAACAGUAAUGGCGUCGCCGAGGGCUGUGCGGGGUAUGUGAUGCUUCGGAACUGAGCAGCGUCGGGGCCUGCAGGUGACAUCUACUGAGGGACAAAGGACUGGAGCAGCUCAGGCUGUGUGAGUGACCUGGUCCCAGGCUGUCCCUCCAAUACCAUAGAGAGGAGCAGGAGCGGCUCUGGAAUGAGAAGAGUCCUACAGACACGAUGGACUCAAACCUCAGCCCACAGGACCGGAAGGACUUAGACAAGUUUGUCAAAUUCUUUGCUUUAAAGGCUGUCCAGGUGAUUGUACAAGCACGACUGGGGGACAAGAUAUGUACCCGCUCUUCGUCCUCUCCAACAGGCUCAGACUGGUUUAACUUGGCAAUCAAGGACAUCCCUGAGGUUACCCAGGAAGCCAAGAAAGCCCUCUCUGGUCAACUGCCUGCAGUUGGACGUUCCAUGUGUGUGGAAAUCUCUUUGAAGACCUCGGAGGGUGAUUCCAUGGAGCUUGAAGUGUGGUGUCUGGAAAUGAAUGAAAAAUGUGACCGGGAUAUAAAGGUCUCCUAUACUGUGUAUAACCGGCUGUCGCUGCUACUGAAAUCCUUACUGGCGGUCACCAGGGUAACGCCAGCCUAUAGGCUGUCCAGGAAGCAGGGGCAUGAAUAUGUGAUUCUCUACAGGAUAUAUUUUGGAGAUGUUCAGCUUUUGGGUCUUAAAGAAGGCUUUCAGGCGGUACGUGUUGGAACAGUGGGGACCCCUAUAGGGACGCUUACCCUGACCUGUGCCUACAGAACUAACCUGGCUUUCAUGUCUACUCGGCAGUUUGAAAGGACUCAGCCCAUCAUGGGGAUUAUUAUUGAUCACUUUGUUGACCGACCUUUCCCCAGCACCUCACACAUGCAUCCCUGCAACUACAGGGGGUCUGAGGAGCAGGGCACUGUAUACCCGGCUGUGGAAGAUUCCCAGGAUGUCUGCACCACGUCUUUUUCUACGUCCCCCCCAUCGCAGUGUGUGUUUACUUUCAGCAAGGCACAGGGUCAGACAGCUAAUACUGUCGUGACUGACUCUCACAGGGUCCUGACAAUGGGACUGGCCUUCCCACACCAACUGUACAGCUCUCGCCUUUCCUAUCAGCCGACUGUCCUUGGAGCAGGAUCCUCCGAGCCGUGCUACCAAGUGGCCUUGGCUGCUGGAGUGAGCGCUACCCUUCCACACCAGAUGAUGGUACCAGGGAAAGAGGGUGGAUUGCCCAACAUCACUGCCCAGCCUGCCCAUGGUACUCAAGCUGAACAUGACCGGGUUCUCCUGACCUCACCACCUAAUGUAACCGGCACCACUUCCAGCAGCGAGGAAGCUGACACCCCGUCAGGCAGCAACACUGGGGGCCGAAGCAGCUCACCAAACAAGCCCCCUCACGUCCUCUUCACCCGCAAAGUUGGGGCCUUCGUGGACAAGCCCUCCCCUCAGGUCACCUAUGCCAGCAAUGAUAUUCCUUUCGCUGUGUUUGCACCCAAGCUUGCUGACCUUGAGGAGAAUGACACCAUGCUGGUCUGUCCCGACAGUCCCGAGGAGGUGUCGCCAGAUGCUGGGAGCUUGCAGAGUUCCUGUUCCAGUAGUGAGGUGCCUCAGGACGACUUUGUGAUGGUGGAUUUUCGACCAGCCUUCUCUAAAGAUGAUCUUCCCAUGGAUGUCGGGACUUUCUACAGGGAGUUUCAAAACCCGCCUCAGCUGAGUAGCCUCUCCAUAGACAUCGCCGUGCAGUCAAUGGCAGAAGAUCUGGAUUCCUUGCCAGAGAAGUUGGCUAUGCAUGAAAAGAACAUGGAGGAGUUUGAUGCUUUUGUUGACUCUUUACAGUAAGAUGAAGGACUCUGACCUUGGGAGGUGGUUCUGGAUGAUCUUCCAUUGCCUGACCCCUCUGCUAAACUCAAACCCCUUCCUGUUGUGCCCUGUCCUGUAAUUCAUUAAGAAGCACUUUCCAGUCUUCUGCAGGGACAUCCUUGCAGCACGGCUGCUGCAUUUAAAUCCUGAGCAGUGAAACGUAGCGUGCUUCUUACAUCGGGCCCUGUAUGCCGAAAGCUAAGACUCUUCCUAAGACACAGAAGCUUGGGCCUAUGGUUGUACUGUUGGACAUGGAGGCUAGAUGAAAGCCAAGAGAAGGAGACUUGUAGGUAAUACUAGCCAUUGGCACCUCCUAUAUCUGUGCAGUCUGAUCGCUGUAAAUAUGUCACAGACUGCCCCGCACCUUACAUGUCCUAUAUGGACCCAGAGCAUAUGUACCAUUCGCAUUAGCACUACUUCUGCCCCCUCCUCCAUGCAUUUUCACCAGUUUCUUUCUCAGGUAUA